UUUGCAAUUAUAAUAAUAUUCAUAUAAAUUUAUUGAUUGAUGAUAAUGUUUUGUCUUUGUUUCCUACCACGUAGACAGCAAACGAUACGUAAAAGAUCUCAAAAUAAUGUUGGAGAGACAAGACAAUCAAGUGAAGAAUGUAGUUUCUUUGUGUAUGAAUACCAUCAAAGAAAUGAAGACUGGCCAAAUGUUAUUGGACUCUCAGGAAGGACGAUCUUUGAAUGCCUUAAAUAGAACAUGCAAGCUUCCCGAACAAGUUGAGUCGAGUUCAACUGACAGCGAUUGUGAUGAAGAGAUCCAUCGCAAUCUGAAUCUUACUAAAUCCAUGACAAAACACCACUAUCAAUCGAAACGACCAGAUUCAACGCCCAAUGGACAAAUAAGUCGACUUUUAAAUGACAAAACUAUUUUCAAUAGUCGAAAACCGUUAAAAAGCAGCACUCCUUUGCCGGAAAAACGUGUUAAUGAUAUUAUUAGGCUUACUUUUGACCAAGGAACGCAGACAGACCCAGUUCAACAUCCUCCAAUCAACAAGAUAGAACAAUUAGAAGUAGUUUUACGACGUCUCUAUGGACAAUUCCUUGCACUGAUUGCUGACGUUCAACUGAAAGAAAACCAAUGCGCAAUCGGAGCGGCCGAGAAAAAUUAUUCAGAAUCAAAUGUAAUAAAAGACUUUGUUAAUACAGACACUCAAUAUUUAGCUAACCCUGAUCUUGAAUUAGACAAAAAUAAAGCAAGAGUUCUUCAAGUUCGUAGAGCAUCCGCUCAAACAACAAAUACUGGUUUGUCGAUGGUGGACAAUAAUACAGAUAUGGUAUCCAUUGGAAGCGGAAAUGUUACCGUGCCAGCAAGGUUAUGGGCCAAUAUGGAUUGGACGUCUCAUACCUCCGCAACGCGACAACUGCUGCAAGCUGUUUUCCCAAGGAGAGUUUUAGCUACCCAUUCCCUAACUGGUAAACAAUCACCAGCAUUUGUGGACAAACCACCAAAACAGCAAUUGGAUCCAAAGCUCGUUGACGACAUCGUCAGCACGGUAUCAGAAAGAUGUAGCGUUCCAAAAAGAAUUGUAAGAAGCUCUAUAACCACCAAAUGUACUGAUGAAGCAAAGCUGUACAGAAAUCGCAUGCUACAAAGGAAACGUGAUCAACGUAAUCCGGAAAAUAUAUCACCGCUGGCCUCUUCUAAUGAGUCUUCUAAUGCAAGAGAUUAA